AUGGCUCCCGGUGAGCACGUCAAAGGUCAACCAGGACAACCCAAGAUCAAGCUCUACUGGCUCAAUGCCUCGCGGUCUCAGCGAAUUGCCUGGCUGCUGGAGGAGCUCGGACUAGACUAUGACGUCGAGCUCUUCCAGCGCACCCCUGACAUGCGUGCGCCCCCUGACCUGCGAGAUGUGCAUCCUCUGGGCAAAGCGCCCGUCGUCAGCAUCUCGAUUCCCAGCGCCGAGAAACCCCUAAUUCUCGCAGAGAGCGGAUUCAUUGUCCAGUAUCUCUGCGAUCACUUUGCCCAGAACUCAGAUCUGGUCCCAAAGAGGUAUCGCGACAGCAGCCACGAGGGCAUCGUAGGUGGCGAGACGGACGAAUGGAUGCGCUACCAGUACUUUCUGCACUACGCCGAAGGCAGCCUCAUGCCCCAGCUGCUGGUCGGCCUAAUCUUGUCGAUCCUCAAGAGCCCCAAGAUCCCGAUCUUCAUCCGCCCGAUCACAUCAGCCGUCGUCGACAAGCUGCAGGCCGCGUACCUGGCUCCCGAGAUCUCAAGGCAUCUCGACUUCCUAGAGUCGCAGCUUGCAACAUCGCCACGUGCCGGAUCGUACCUUUGCGGGCCACAUCUUACUGCCGCCGAUAUCCUGCUCUCAUUUCCCCUGCAGCUGACCAAGCAAAGGGCCGGCGGCCUCAAAGUUAGCAAGGGCGAAGGGAAGAUCGUCGACAAGUAUCCUAGGGCGUGGGAAUAUCUGCAGAGACUCGAGCAGGAACCGGGGUAUAAGCGAGCAGAGGCCAGGAUCAAAAAGCUGCUGGAAAGUAAGGAGCAGACGAGCUGA